CCCACCUCCUGUUGGUGAACAGCUCCUCCCAUUUGCACAUAUAAGCCAAGUUAAGUUGCUGGCAGGGGCCGAGCAGAGCAUUUUCCCAGUCCGCUGCUGUAGUGAGCCAGUGAACAUCUUUCCUCGCAUCACGCACAGCCCAAGAUUGUCAAUCUGACACUAUAAACCAAUGUAUUUGGAUCAUUGGACUUGAAUAUAAACUCUACACUUCAUCUCUAGCUGCACAUGCCCUAACAGAUUAGUGGAGGGAAUCCCAUUAGGUUCUAAGAAGAACAAUAAGACCGGAACUGCUUUGAAAUUCUUAAGCCGCGCCUCUGCCUUCUUUCCUAACUACCGCCUGAUCAUGGCUGUGUUUCUGGUCCCUGCCCAGUUGCUGACAGUAGCUAUCCAUCUGUUUCUGGCUGGAAGCGUUCACGGAGGUGCCUACUAUCAAAUGAAGCAGGUUCCACAGCAGAUUCCACAGAUGCAAGUGCAUGGACAGGUUCCACACAUGAUGCAUCUCAGGAAAGAGGGACCUCACGUACAGCACAUGGGCAAGGAGGUGCCACACAUGCCAGUGUAUAGAAAAGAUUUGCCAUAUAUACCCCGCUAUGGAAAAGAUGUUCCUCAAAUGCAUGCGUUUGGAAAAGAUGUGACGCCUCGGAAGGAAGCAAAGGAAAUGAUACCAACAUUUCCAAGUGCAUUGAAAGGUGAAAAAGGUCCAUCAGGGGAGCCUGGUGCAAGAGGACCAACUGGACCACCUGGUCUGCCAGGAAUACCAGGUCGUGGUCUUCAAGGACCAGUAGGAAAACCCGGUCUGCCAGGUCAGCCGGGUUUUCCAAGUAUUGGGAAGCCUGGAAUGCCAGGAAUGCCAGGUAAACCAGGAGAAAUGGGAUUACCAGGUCAGAAAGGUGACAUGGGACCAAAGGGAGAACAGGGGCCAAUGGGACCACCAGGGCCACAAGGACUACCAGGUCCUUCAGGGAUUCCUGGAUUUGGAAAACCAGGUAGACCAGGAUUGCCAGGAAAACAAGGGCCAAGAGGAGAGCCAGGUCAGAAAGGAUUGCCGGGGUUGCCAGGCCCUGUGGGACCUAAGGGACAGCCAGGAAUAGGUGUACCUGGAUUGCCAGGAUUAAGGGGCCCACAAGGACUACCUGGACAACCUGGGCCUGCAGGACUACCAGGUGCAUUAAAACCAGGUUUAAAUGGUCUUCCAGGAGCCCCAGGAGCCCCAGGUAAACAAGGAUUCCCAGGUGAACCAGGAGCGCAAGGUUUUCCAGGGCCACGUGGUAUUCAAGGACCCCCAGGAAUGCCAGGUAUUGGAAAACCAGGUUUAGAUGGACUUCCUGGUCAACCUGGUUUCCCUGGGGGAAAAGGUGAAAAAGGACUCCCAGGUUUACCAGGGCCCCCAGGAAUGCCAGGAAUAGGAAAACCAGGGUUUCCAGGGCCAAAAGGUGAACGUGGUCAGGGUGGGCCUCCAGGAAUACAGGGAUAUAAGGGGGAACCUGGACCUGCCGGUGCUCCUGGAAUUCCUGGUCUUCAAGGUGCAAGAGGUCUGCCAGGGCUUCCUGGGCAAAUUGGGCCACCAGGUGGAUUAGGUUUUCCAGGUGUAAAAGGAGAGUUUGGACCACACGGCCCUCAAGGUCCUCGAGGCCCAAAAGGGGAACCAGGUCCACAGGGUAUGCCAGGUAUACCAGGAUAUCCUGGUGAAGAAGGACAACCAGGUCAAAGAGGUUUGCCAGGGCCAAUAGGGCCAAAAGGAGAUGUAGGACAUAAAGGCCCAUCUGGUUUACCUGGACGACCAGGACUACCAGGACUAAAAGGGGAAAUUGGGUUUCGUGGAGAGAAAGGUAUCCAAGGUCCUACUGGAAUACCGGGAAUUGCUGGUCCAGGAGGUCCAAUAGGGCCUCCAGGUCUUCCUGGACCAAAAGGAGAUAGAGGAUUACCAGGGCCACCAGGGCUACCUGGCAUAGGAAAGCCUGGAGUUCCAGGACACAUUGGACCAACAGGAAAACCUGGUCCAGAAGGUCUUCAAGGAUUAUCGGGAGCACCUGGCCCUCCUGGCCCUCCAGGACCUCCUGGCCCUCCAGGCCAACCAACUGUUCAACCAGAUAUAAGACAGUUUCAACUUCCAGAGAUGGGGCUAGGAAUUGAUGGCAUUAAGGCACCACAAGGAUAUAUCACUGAACCAAGUAAAAAAGGGAAACAUAUGGGAAUUAGUGCAGAGAUGCCUGCAUUUACUGCUAAACUGACAAUACCUUUCCCACCAGUAGGAUCUCCUGUCAAGUUUGAUAAAAUCCUAUACAAUGGCAGACAAAGUUACAAUCCGCAAACAGGCAUUUUUACAUGUGAGAUACCAGGAGUUUAUUAUUUUUCAUAUCAUGUUAAUUGUAAAGGUGCUAAUGUAUGGGUUGCAUUAUAUAAGAACAAUGAGCCACAAAUGUAUACUUAUGAUGAAUACAAGAAGGGGAUUCUUGAUCAAGCUUCUGGGAGCUCAGUUCUUGAACUAAUGCAUGGAGACAAAGUCUGGAUGCAGCUUCCAUCUGAACAGGCAGCAGGACUUUAUUCAGGCCCAUAUGUGCAUUCAUCUUUCUCUGGAUAUUUAUUGUAUCCAAUGUAAAAAAUGUAAACAUGUAAAGCUUUUUAAAAUAUGAUCUGUUAUCUUUUGAAAGUUACAUUUUCACUACAAGAGCAAUGGCUGACAUUUGUAGGAUAAUUAACUGUUAUUCUUUCUUUGAUGGAAGGCUACUGUUAGGAAAACCCAAAGCAACAGUAGACCACGUCUGUUUUACACAUUCUAAAUGUAAAUUAAAGUGCUGGGAAACACAAAAUAAUACACUGAGACCCGGGGGUACCUCAAGUCAGUGAAAUUGAAGUUUCCUCGUUCUGAUAGGAGUCCCACGUGAAAGUUUGCAGAGCGUCUGCAUGGUUCCCUGUGGACUCUAUUCCACAAGGGAACUGUUUUGUAUAAUUGGAACUAAUUUUCCAAUCACAAUCAGAGAUGCUAAUGGCUCUAAAUAUCGCAUAAUUGUAGGGGGUAUUCAACCAAAGGCAAGGUUGAGAUCAAUUUUCGGAUUAAUGUUAAGGAGAGUACUUUGCAUUUAUUAUAUGUUAUACCUAACCCAGGAGUACUUGAUGCAUUUACUGAGUGCAACAUUGACAAAAGGUUCCAUUUCCCAAAGCAAUCCUGCCUCUUUAUGAGCACAAUUCACAAAAAAACUGCUAAAAGAAAAUUACAUUAACAAUUUAACCCUCCCAGACUGCAAAAGGGAUAAAAGAUUAUUCUCAUCAAUAAUGUAUGAUCAAACAUGACCAAAUUAUAUUUGUACCCCUGUGUCUGCUUCACCUGGGAAACGGUAGGGAUUUAAUAGCAGCCUACCAGGCACAGAGCGGCAAAGUUUCAUUAUCCAACUCGCCUGUGAAAAAACACUAAACAACACCCAGUGGCCUGCUAGCUGAUGAAAAUGGAAUGAACAAUAGGUUUCUUGUGAAACAUCAAGAAAUUGACUUCCGAGGAGAGAGAAGACGAAGGAUUGUUUGUGGAGUCUACUAUAGCCUUGCGGGUUCUGCUCAUUCACCCGCUUAGCUUUCUUUUAGUGUAGUAUGACACUAAUAUUUAUUCAGAUGUUUACACUUGGACACUUCCACACUUCUUUGUCUAAACAGCUUAGAACCAUAGAAGUUGACAGUACAGAAAGUGGGAAUUUGAUAUAUUGUGUCUGUGAUGACUUAUUGCUAGAGUAAUCCAGAACUAGUCAAAAUGCCAUUUUCUCUCUGCCGUAACUUUGUAUCUUCCACAGCUUGAAAUAUUUAUCUACAUUUGCCUCAGAAAACCAUUGUGGAUUGACCAUUUCUUCAAUGAAUGCAUAUAUUAGCACCUCAUUUUUUAAGAACCUGAGAAAUACACUAGCACAUGCAUAUACACAUACAAUAUCAUGGGCAGGUCUGGCAGCAUCUGUGGGGGGAAAAACAGAUUUAAUGUUUUGAGUCUGUGUAACUCUUCUUUAGAGCUGAAUAACCAUACUAUCAGCUCUGAGGAA